CUGUCUGGCUUAUGCUUAGGGGUUGUAGGUUGGAUUUUGUAGGCUGUUCUUUAUGGGUGGGAAUUUCUGAAGAGUUCCAUCUGUCUUGUGUUGGACGUGUUUUUAACUGAAGUAUUCAAGCAGGCAGUUCACUUUCUAAAGUCACCUUUGUGAAUAAUAGUUGCCUUGGAAUUGGUGGAAAUGCUUAAACGAUUUAGGUUUUUAAGAGUUAACUGAUUAGGUACAAUCCUUAGUAACUUUUCUUGGUAAAUCUUUUAAUGUAGGCCCUAAUCAGAAUGAUACAAAAGAGUAUAAAAUAGAGGCUAGUAGAUUUUGUAUGAUGAGGCAUAGUGACUGGAAUGGAAGCUUCAGGUAUUAAUGAAAAUUGCUAAUUGAUAGGUCUGACUUAUGGCACUCUUGUCCGUCCCGUAGUGUCUCUAGGGUAUGAAUUGCUCGGUGUGGCUUUUUGCACUUUCAGUGGGUUAACUUGAGUAUUGGCCAGUAAUUUCUUGGCAGAGCAUACUUAACUCUAAUCCUAAGUAACAGCAAGCAGUGUCUGACACACGGUGUGAUUCUUGUUCCCACAGCAGUUAAUGUUUGUCCUUUAGUGGAACAGUAGGAUAAUUGGUGGCAGAAACUACCGUGGGAAAUGCGAGCUCUUGUCCUGUGAAGUACGGUGUGAAUCGGUGACUUUCUCACGCCCGUGUGGCAUUGUAUCCUGGCUGUUCUUGCUUGGUUGUCUGCCAUUGUUUGCUAUCCCAUGGUGGCAGUGUAACCAACCCAAUCAGAACGCUUUGAUGCAGGAAAGAGGCAUUUAUGCAUGAUAGCAAGGGUGAUAAACAUACUGGUUAGACCAAACAAUAGUCUGUCUGGAUUGAAGCAAGGAAUUUUUUGAUCCAUUUAAUGAAUAAUGAAAGUAACACAUCUGUUUAAAUGAACACUGUUUGAUGGGGUGUCCACAGGUCACAAAAACAGCUGCUGCCUGAUGUGCCUUUACCACCUAACCUUGCAACUGCAGUCGCUUUUGUCCCUGUCCCUGAGGGUCUGAGACUGCUGUUCUCAAACUCCAGUUUGAGAGGUCCAGCUAAAGUCACUGGACUUGAAAUCUAAUCAUAGUAUUUCUGCUGAAGUUCUUUUAUGAAAGAAGUACCUCACAGAUAGCACAUGCAGUGCUGCCCGAAGACCGACUCUUAAAAUGAUCCAGCCUUCAGCAGCUGGUAGCCUGGUUGGCAGACGUAAUGAGAGGAAAUCUUCAGUCAGAAGGAAACUCUGGAAUAACAAAUUUGCCUCAAAGGCUUGUAAAGCUGAGGUGUCUGUGGACAAAGAGCAAGAGAAUGAGAAUGAUGUCAUUCAAGCUGAAGAUCUCAUGAUGAAAGGAGAUCCUUCGUCUCAGUAUUGGAAAGAAGUGGCUGAAGAAAGGAGGAAGGCUCUGUAUGAAGUGCUUCAAGAAAAUGAAAAGUUGCACAAAGAAAUCGAGCAGAAGGAUGGUGAAAUUGCCCGCCUAAAAGAAGAAAACGAAGAGCUCAUGUCCCUUGCUGAGCAUGUGCAUUAUAUGACCAGCGUGAUUGAGAGGCUAACUGGGCAAGCACCUGACAAUCUUGAGACACUGGAGAGUCUGGCUCUAGAGGAAUCCAGACAGGAAAAUGAAGAGCAUGACUGUGGAGACAAGGCAGACAGUCCUUCUGAAGAGGAGCCAUCGCAAGUAUUGUCUGGUUUAAGGGAGAAUAGAUCAGAUCUUCCUUCAAAGGAAGCAAGCCAUUUGCAACUGGAAUGACAACCUUUAAAUAGGCUUAUGUAUGUGGCUUUUAAUUGCAGACUUCCUCUUGAAAGGAUAUAUUAAACCUCAGGUAUAGAAACUCUUGUGGGAACAUUACAGAUGUUGGCAUUUUUAACUGGAAUUAUGUAGCAGUGGGAGGGGUAUCUGAAUACUGCAUGGAAAAUUUACUACAGGCUGCAUGUAGUUGCUUGUAUGAAACGCAAAUACUGUGUAUUUCAACUGUUGUGUAAAUAUCUUUCUUUUCAGUUGGUCUGACAGGAUGCAUGGAAAUUGAUAAAUAAAUCUUUGCAUUACCAAAA